AUGUUCAUUAUUUUACAGUGUGUUAUGUGCAAGGUUUUGUGUCAGUGUCACAUGGGUAGAUUCUCUUUCUAUUCAUACAUCUUCACUGGCGGUGAGGGAGAUUGGGAUUGCCUUCAGUUGACUGCAGUGAGUUUUGUUUGCAUGGGUGAGGGGCAGGGGUUGUUAGGUCAAGUUAGUCAUAUUGAUUCAUAUGCAGUCGGUGGGUUCUUGUCUUGUUGGGCUUUGUAUGUAAUAAAGGAGAGGCACAAUAGGGUGAAGGCAUCCUCUUUUGUUUGUCCCCAUGCUAGUUUCAAUGUGUUACUUAGGUUUUCCCAGACAGUUUGGUCCCAGUGGCUUGUGUUUACUCCUGAAGGUCACCUCCAGUGUCUAGUUAUGAUGAUCCUGGCUGCUGAGCAUAGGUGGGUUAUGAGUUCUUUGUAGUGUGAAUGUGCCUAUUGUCUUGGAAAAUAUUCAGUAGGGCCAGUUCUUGGGUGGCUUCUAGUACCUGUUUUGUUAUUUUGCCUAUUUCUUGUAGGACUGAUGUCCAAAAGGGUGCAACCGCUCCAGCAUUUUGGUGGGGUUCCUGGGUGUGUCAGCACCACCUUUUGGGUUGUUAGGUACCCUCUAGAGAUAAGUUUCAGUGUGAGUUGCCUUCUUUUGGCUGAUAUGGAUUUAAAGGGAGGUUUAGACCACAGUUUAGUCCAUUGGGCAGUGUUUAUUUCAUAACCCAUAUUGUGCUCCCAUUGUUUUUUGACUGAGAUGAGGGGAUUUCUGGAAGUGCAAUUGCUUUUUUUGAAGUACUGUAGUGCAAUAAAGAGUUAACAAGCAAUUCAACACAGACCCUAGCAAACAAAGGUUCAUGCUCACUCAAUUAGGUCAGCAGCAGCUAAUGCUGCCUUUGCUGUGAACACAUCAUUGCUGGAUAUUUGUAAAAUGGCAACAUGAUCAUCUUCCCUAGGCACCACAGACUGGACGUGUAUUCUUCAGCUGAUGCAAGCACAGUGUUGCAUCAGGUUCUUUAG